GUGGCGAAAAGAGUAGUGACAGCCACAAGCAGGAUACUCCCGCAUUCAAGAACCACGUCAAACAAUAACAGGUCAUAUUAAAUACAUACAAACAAACGUACAAAGCAAAGAAAACAAAAGAGAAUUAGGUCAUUUAAAAAACGGAAGGUGUUUGAAAAAUGUCUCGAGCGGAGUUUGACUAUGAGUUUCUGUACAACUUACCCGCAUCUAUUAUGAAUGACUUUACACGGCUUGUGGACUCGUUUUCACACUCGGACUGGAUAUUAUUCGCUUCACGGAUAAUAUCUGAUCAGACGGAGCUGCGCCUUUUGGAGCACAGCAACAGACGGACAGAAGAACUUAUGCAUAAAUGGGGCUGUCGCAAUGGGAUGGUUGGAGAACUUGUGAAGAUUCUUGAAGACCUGCGGUGGUUUAGACCCCGUGAUAUCAUCCUUGAGUGGAGACAUAUUCAGCAGUCUCGCUCAGAGCAACAGUCUGUUUCAACAGUACCACAAUCAACUGUAUCUCAACCCAGUACUGACAUCUAUGUGGAAAAGCUUCUCCCUGUCCCUGAAAUCAGACCUCUUCCCAAGCCUGGCCCUCCACCCCCUGAUCUGGAUUCCAUAUGUUCAAGAGUCUCUAAAAUGGAAGAGGAGUUCCCAUGCGAGAACCGCAAGUACCCCCUGCCUGUCUUAUCCACUGCGAUGAGCUGGCCAUUUGAGGAAAUACAGAGAGGUACAUGCAACUUUUCAAAGUGCAAGCAGAUUGGAGAAGGAGGUUUUGGACACGUGUACAGAGCAACAAUGAGAAACACAGAGUUUGCUGUGAAGAAGCUGAAAGAGGACUCGCAUUUGGACUGGAAUGUCGUAAAGGAAAGUUUCGAGACUGAACUGGAGAAACUAUCACAAUACAGACAUCCCAACAUAAUGGACCUUGUUGGCUACAGUAUAGAAGGACAGACAUAUUGUCUCAUAUAUGUUUACAUGCCAAAUGGCUCUUUAGAGGACCUGCUGCACUGUGAGGACAGCGAUGCCCUCUCUUGGCCACAGCGUGUAAAUAUCUUAGUGGGCACUGCCAAAGCUAUCCAGUACCUGCAUUCUUGUUCACCUGCGCUUAUUCAUGGAGAUAUCAAGAGCUCUAACAUCCUUUUAGGGGAUCACCUGGAGCCCAAGCUUGGGGACUUUGGAUUGGCACGGUUAUGUCAGAACCCCAACAGAACUCCAGGCAAGACGUCCAGCAUAGCUCACACUUCAACAGUACGAGGGACACUCGCAUACCUCCCAGAAGAGUACUUGAAGGAUGGACAGCUGGGCAUGGAGAUUGAUGUUUAUAGCUUUGGAGUGGUGUUGUUAGAGAUACUUACUGGGCGAAGGGCUCUAGAGGGCGAUGGCCAAUCCAAAACUAUUUACUUGAAAGAUCUGGUAACAGAGGUGGAGGAUGAUGGAAGAAGUUUCAGCAGAAGGAAGGAGUCACGGGAGAUGUCCUCUUCUCAAACCGCAGAGAACAUUUGCAGAAAACAUCUGGAUCCUCGAUUGAUGACUAAAGACACAUUUGCCCUUCAUGGUUCAAUGGAAAUCAUUCAACUGGCAUGUCAAUGUUUAAACCGACGGAGAAAGAAGAGACCUCGAAUGACUGAAGUGUUCAAAGAACUCCAAGAGGUACAUUCAGGGUUGAAAGCCUCUGGUAGAUCAACUAUGUUCAGAAUGUCUCCUGUAUCGGUUCAUCCAUCCAUGCCUGUGCCUCUGCGCUCUGAAAACUGCACCCUGGACUCUCUUGCCCAUCAGCUCUCGAAACUCCACCCUCAAGAGAACACCUACCCCUGCCUUAACAAGCCUGUCUUUCCCACUUUGACCUCUGCGGUGACCCAGACUGAAAUAUCAGAGUCAGAUUUGAAUGCUGAAUCAUGGGGUUCACAGUCCUCUGGAACGCCGUGUGAAUCGGAUGAGAGUCAAGGCUUCUCUCAGUACUUAACAAGUCACAUUAGCAGAUCUCCGCAGUCAUCAUGUAGGGCCUGUGAAAUUUUGGGCACUAAAUCAAGUGGUUAUUUUGAUGAUAACCCUUCACAGUCCAAUCUGAAUAAAGAGAUAUCUGAUCAGAACGUUUUUAUUAAUCCAGCGAGACAGCGACUUGUCCAGAAGAUGGAGCUUUAUGAAGAGGGCAGAAUUCUGACUUCUGAUCUGCUAUCAUCAGGUGACUCAUAUAGAGGGAUGAAUACUCAAACAAGAGAGCCUGAAGAGAGUGAUGAGUUUGCGAGUGAGACCUCUGAAACCAAUGUACAGUCACCUACUGCAGUAUAAGACCAACUCUGGAGGAAAGCACGCACAAACAUAUUUUACAAAAUAUUUACAUUACAAAUUCUUGUAAUGCCUUUAUGGUACACUUAUUUACAGCAGUGGAAGAGAAAAAUACUUGUACAUACCUCAGAUCUGCCAAAGCUCCAGAAUUACAUUAUAUUUAUGGUAAUAGCAAGCUCUUUAGUGCAAGCUGUAUAGCUGUAAAUAUUGACAGAGUCAGAAGUAGUGCAUCAUUUAUUAUUAUACGCCUGUUAUUUUGGCGAUCUUAUAUCUGGCUGUAUUUUGAGCUCCGUUCCCAGAGACUUGGUGAAAAAGUCAUGUUUGUGGAUUAUGGUGAAAACACCUACAUUUAUGAGAAUACUAUUUAACCACUGAUCCUUGAGAUAAGGGACAAAAUAUUUUUAAAAGGAGUUUUUAUUUUUUUUUUACUAUAAAUUAAUUUUAAAUGGAUAUAGUUGUAGACAAAGUUGUCAGUUAACGAACCAUGUAAGAAAAACGUUUUUUAUAAAACAUUAUUUUCUUCUGAAAAUUUACAUUUAUUUACUUCAUAAUGUACAUCUUGCUGUCAUUUGUUUCAACUUUGCCAGACACACUAAAAAGCAUGCUAUUUUUAAGUCUUUGUUAUAAUGGUGUUCAGUAAAGAAGUUAAGUGAUAAAAAACAUUUUUUUUUAAUUUUUUUCUGUUUUCACACCAUUCUGCAAAUUCAGACGGAGUUGACAAAAUGUAAUAUUUUUCCAUCUUAACCAUGCGUUGUUCACAUUUGGAGACAUUUUGUUUAUUUUCUCUGUUAAAGCUGCCAAAAUAACCUAAACUAACAUUUCAAAAUGUAUCUCACAAUUCUAACAUAAAUUAUCAUAGUGGGAAUGACAGAGUUGACAUGUUGAAGCUGUGACCGCAAUGACUUAAAAAUUGUUUGUUUCAAAUAUAAAAUAUUAUUGAACUUGCCAGACCACGUGUCCUACUGUUGCAUCCACAAUGAGCAGGAAGUGGGCAAGUGAUACUAAGAGUUAUCCACCUUUUUCCUUAAUGCGGAAGUGUUCCACAAUCAAAUCAAAGUGUUUUCACUCGCAUUGGCGUAUAUUCUUAGUGGGUAAUGUAAUGUUUAAUGUAUUACAUUUGUAAACAUUGUCAAAAUACAUGCCGAUACUUCACUGAGUCGAGACGACUGUUUUUUAUAGACCGUGUAGAUAACAUGAAGUGAUGGUAAGAGGUUAUUUACGUUAUAUCAUUAAUUAUUCUGAGUUGAUAUGACAGCCAACAAUGUCACAAGUUGAGACAGAAAUUAAUUUUUUCUCCAAGUAACACUUAAGUGGUUGUUCUCCUCUAGAUCGCUCAUUUUGGCCGCUUUGACUUGGCGUCUCGAGACCAGAAAUAGAAAACUGUCAAUUUGAAUCAUCAUGGCACCGACCAGUGUUUGCUGACCAUGAUAUUGUCUGAUUUAUUCAGGAUUAUAAAAAAUCUUAAGGAGUUGAAGCAAAGUGAGGACACAAUUUUGAUGGACAGUUUUUUUAAAAAAAAUUUAUUGAAAAUAUAAUUUUAAAUUACAUUAUGUAUUGUUUGAUAUCUUACAGAUCCAUAUCUUUUAUUUGAUAUUUAUGAAUUGGUUGCAUUAUUUAAUUGUGCUUCAAAGUAAAGAGCAUGCAUUUGAAAAAAUCCAAAUGAACUUAUUUAAAUAGAAGUAAUAAAUGCCCUGAGUAUACCCAUUUCCUUUAGAGUUAACUUGUCCAGUAUUCUUAUUAAUUUCUUGAUUUUUAACAUAAAGAUGACUUUUGAAUGUAAGAUAUGUUUUGUCCCGUAUCUCAAGAAUCAGUGUAACAUUAAUAACUAACCUACCUGUAAAGGACUAACUGGUGGUAUACUUUAGAGAUCGACCGUUAGUGGAUUUUGAAGAUGCCGAUAACUAAGGUGGUGGAUCGUUUUUAUAUAUGUCGUAGUCUUUCAUUACUAUGACGGGUAUAGACACAUAGAGUCCAUAAUUAAUGAAUUCCCAGAUAAAGUUUAUUGUUCAACCAAAGUUCCAAUUUUGGUUGAAUGAUUUGUUGCAUAACGCGGGACUUUAUUCUAUAAACAAGCCAGAAACACACCAGGAGAAAUGCACCAGGAUGUACUGUGGGAAGACGACAAGCGGAGGCAGGUGAUGCUCUGGAAAUGUUUCUGCUGGGAAACCCGGCCAUUCAUGUGGAUGUCAAUUGACACGUGCCACGUACCUAACUUUAAUUGCAGACCAGGUACACCCCUCCAUGGCAAUGGUAUUCCCUGAUGGCAGUGGCCUCUUUCAUCAGGAUAAAGCGCCCUGCCACACUGGACACAUUGUUCGGGAAUGUUUUGAGGAACACGAUGAAGAGUUCAAAGUGUUGACUUGGCCUCCAAACUCUCCAGAUCUCAACCCGAUUGAGCAUCUAUGAGAUGAUCUGGACCACAAAUCCGAUCCACGGCAGCUCCACCUCGCAACUUACAGGACUUAAAGGAUCUGCUGUUAACAUCAUACCACAGGACACCUUCAGAGGUCUUUUUAUUUCAUUUUUUUUGCAUGCCUACACUACAAUUUCAAAAAAUGUAUUAUUAAAAUAACAAAAUAUGCAUUGAAGUGAUUAUAAAAAUAUGGAUGAAUAUGCAUGUUACAACGAUGAAAGUCUUAAAACAAAUGUAUUUAUUUCACAUCUGACGCUAUUAUAAGAACUGUAGAAUCCUCCAGCGCUGGCCACAUUGUUAAAAGGAAGAAUAAAUGGGGUGGCUGUGGCUCAGGUGGUAGAGCGGGUCAGCCACUAAUCGCAGGGUUGGCGGUUCGGUUUCCGGCCCACAUGAAUCCACAUGCCGAAGUGUCCUUGGGCAAGACACUGAACCCCAAGUUGAUCCCAAUGGCAGGCUAGCACCUUUCAUGGCAGCUCUGCUGUCAUUGGUGUACGAGUGUGAAUGGGACACAGUGUAAAGUGCUUUGUUAACCGCUAAGGUUAAAAAAGGCACUAUGUAAGUGCAGACCAUUUACCAUUACCAAAAUAAAAACUAUCAACAACUAUUAUAGAUUUUUGUCAAUAACGAAGGCACCGAUUAUAUGCGCAGAUUUAUCUGUAAGACCUAUUGGUCUACCUCUAGUACACAUAUAAAUCUAAAAAGAUGUUUACCCUUUGUCAUGCACAUUUUCAUAACUAAGCUGUUUUGUUUUAAAGUGCAUUUUCUUGUUGGAGGUAUAGAAAUCUCCCAUUUUUUGAAAAUUGAAAUUCUACUUUUGUUUUAUUUUCCUACAACUCUGGUCCUUUAGUCCAAGUUUUUGAAACAUGUUUGUGUUGAUAUUAUU